UUUCAGAAUAAUAUUUCUAAAAGAUGGCUACUUCGAAAAGGCCACCUGAUGAUGAUUCGAAAUUGCCAACCUAUAAAUUAGUAGUUAUUGGUGAAGGUGGUGUAGGUAAAUCUUCCUUGACGAUACAGUUUUUCCAGAAGCAUUUUGUUGAUUAUUAUGAUCCAACGAUAGAGGAUCAGUAUAUUAUCCAUGCCGAAGUUGAUGGUCAAUGGGUUAUCAUGGAUGUGUUGGAUACCGCCGGACAGGAAGAAUUUUCCGCAAUGCGUGAGCAGUAUAUGCGUAACGGCCGAGGAUUUCUGCUGGUAUAUUCUGUAACCGAUGUUCGCAGUUUUGAAGAAGCACCGAAGCUUUUUGAUCAAGUAUUACGAGUGAAGGAUAAAACAGAAUAUCCUGUACUGUUAGUAGCAAAUAAAAUUGAUUUGGUAAGUCAACGAAAAGUAACGGAACAACAAGGGCGAGAGCUAGCCGACCGACUCAAAGUUCCAUAUAUUGAAACAUCAGCCAAAGAUCCACCGGUAAAUGUGGAUGCGGCAUUUCAUGAAUUAGUUCGUAUUGUGAAAAGUUUUCCAAGUGAUGAGGAUAACGAUAUAAACAUUAUCUUACCGCAGCUAGUGCUGCAUGAUCUAGUUUGGCCUCUUACAUUUACAUUAUAUUGGAAUGUGUAUGAGUAUUUUAUAAUCCAGCGGGCAGCAAAUUUUGUAUGUUCUUAA